UCCGCCCUCCGCAGGACCGUAAUUGCCACCACUCCAAGCGAGCAAUCCUCUCCUCCUCCUCCUCGGGUCUCCUCUCGCUUCCCUCCUCCCGGCCCGGACGGCGGCUUCCGCGCAAACAAAUGAAAGUGCCCACGACGCCAUGAGCUACCAACUCCCGGGCGCUGCUGUUGACAAGGGGGGCUCCAUAAUGAGCGACAGCCACCGCCUCCACCACCACCACCAGCAACACCACCAUCACCACCACCAACAGCAACAGCAGCAGCAGUUGCUGCAGCAGCCGCACCACCACAGCCACCAGCACCACCACCACGCGGGCCAACGCGACGCGGCCAUAGCGGCAUGGAGCCGUUGCAAUAGCAGCAGCAACAACAGUGGCGCAAAGGGUCCCGGACUGGGACCGACUUGCGAGGGAGACCCCACCGCCAACACCCUGCCGUCCCGGCGCGGCGCCCAACGCGCCACCGCUUUCCGCUCGCACGGCCGAACGGACGCCCGAAGCCCACUGGCUCUGGCCAAAGUCGAGGCCCCAGCUCCUUACGGAGACUCUCACUGCAAGUCCUCGGCGCGACCCCCGGCCACCGCCGCGACCGCAGCAAGCGGGCGGUUGCGCGGCGGGGACGCGGCGGGCGGGCAGCGCGACCUGGCGCAGUACGUGCGCGGAUACCUGGAGGCCGGCGGGCGCGACGUGGGCGCCGAGUGGGAGGAGAGGUACUACGCGACGUUCUCGCGCUCCGUGGAGUGCUGCUCGUCCGACAACAACUCGAGGGAGACGUCGCCCGUCAAGGCGAACGCGCGCUCGACGUUCAGCACCGCGGACAGCACCGUCCGCGGGGUUCAGCAGGGAGCCAGCACCGCCGGGGUGUCCAACCGAGCGCUUCCUCAACAGGGGAUCGGGGCCGCGGGCAGCUCCGGCCGAGGAGCUCCGAACGUCGGGGACUCGGGCUCCAGAAGCAAGGACGCCGGCUCUGCGACGGCGUGCACGCGAGGCUGCGAAGGGGACGGCGCAUCGGAAGGCAGCAGCGGCGGCGGCAGUAAAUCUGAGACGAGGCUGACGGCGAACGGCGCGCAUGAGGGAAUCCCACGGAUAGACAUCCACGAAUGCUGUUACGACGGCAAUGCUGCUGCUGCUGCCGUGGAUGAAAGCGGCACCCUUAAGGUACUGGGUGCAGCUAUGGGCAACUCUGAGCAGAAAGGAGUGCAGGUCGGCAAUUCCUUCAGCCGAAGCACAAAAUCCAAACUGGGGGGCUCCGUUGCAGGGGACGGCAAAGAGCGCAGUGCGCUAUCGGUCAUGCACAGCAUAGGCGUGCAAACAGAGGCUGCUUGCAAGCAAAACAACGGCGGAGGCAGCCCGUCCACCCCAUCUGCCCCGUCCAGUAACGCCAGCAAGCACAGCAGUGACGGGCUGUCGGGCUCCGUGGACGGCGCCUCCGGCACAGCCAGUGGCGGUGGCGAGAAGCGCUCCAACUCGGACGAAGAAGGCUCUGAAGGAUUCCGAGAUAACAUCAGCGACAUCUUUCGCUUUCUAGACGACGUGAGCGUCUGCGACUCGGGCACCGGCCCCAUGCAUUCGCGCAACGACAGCUGCAACUCGCUGGCUCGCAACCUGAAAUCCGACUCCGACUGCACACCCGAGUGCACGCCGCGCAAGCACGCGGAGCAGCCGACGCCGCUCGGCAGCCUAUCCCUCAGCGAGCAGGACCACCACCUGCUCCAAGAGGUCCACCUUCUGCAGCAGGAAUACAAGCAGCAGCAGAAGCAAAGAGACCAGCAAAAGCAUAAAGACAACAAUAACCAUCAGGGCAAACAGCAGACCCAGCUGUCUCGCGUCUCUCGCCAGCGCGGCGCGAGCGAGCCGGACGACGAGUUGAAGGUGAGCGUGUGCAAGCUGGUGCUUCGCAUGGGCGAGAUCGAGAGGAAGCUGGAGACGCUGACCGGCGUGCGCGCCGAGAUUUCUGAAGUCCUGGCCAAGCUCAACAAGCUGGACGAGAAGCUCGUUCAGGAGGCCCUGCCGUGUCUGCAGUCUCCCACCGACGAAAAGCCAGGUGAAGAAUACGACAACAAUGGACAGCAGCAAUGCAGCAGAGGCCACCGCGCGCACAUGCCCAAGUCGGAGAGCGGCACCGAGUGGGGCUCGUCGGACGCGAGCUGCGGGGACAGCCUGCGCGUGCAGGCCCUGCGGCGCAGCCUGCUCGGACGCCGCUCGUCACGCUCCCUCGCCGAGGACAACAGUGCCACCGAGUCCAAGCUGGUGAGCAUGGCGAGCUCCCCGCACGGAGACUGGAAAUCUGGUAGCAGCAGCGGCGGUGGCGGCGGUGGUGGUGGUGGCGGAGCUGGUGGCGGUGGCGGCGUUGUCGGAGGAGGCUGCGGCAUGAUUUCUGGAGCUGUCAAUGGAUCUGGUGCCGUGGAGAAAGUGGCUGGGUGCAGCAACAUCAGCGGAUGUCCUGGAAUGGGAGGUGGAGGCAACAACAACAGCAACCUGGUCACCAGCGGGCUGUACGUGUACGAGCCCGGGAGGGAGUACGAGCGGCGGGAGCGGUACGGCGACGGUCAGUCGGGCCCCAUUCAGAUGGAGGUCGGCUAUGCCUUCUCGGCGAAGCCGGACAACGUGCAAGCGGACGAGGCGCUCGUUCAGCAGGUGUACGGAGGCCGAAUCUCCGCCUCCACUUUGCGUGCGCACAUGAAGAGCAACCCCCUGUACCGGGAGGUUCCGGCGGGUCCGGGCGGGGAAGCGGACGGCCAACGCCGGGGUCAGCCAUCGUGGACCCUCGAGGAGUACACCCGGCACGCCAAGCAGCGCGGCAAGCUCUCGGCAAUCGACCUGCAGACGCAGGAGUCGCUCAACCCCAACAACCUCGAGUACUGGAUGGAGGAGAUCUACACGCCGGGCUACGACUCGCUGCUCAAGCGCAAGGAGGCCGAGUUCCGGCGCGCGAAGCUCUGCAAGAUCGCCGUGCUGGUGCUGGUGGCCGUGUGCACCGUCGUCUUGGUCAUCGUCGUGCCCAUCUGCACCGUGCGCACGUGAACGCAGCGCGAGCCACGCGCGGCGCGGCGCGACCCCAGCGGCCGGCGCGCGUGAACUGUCUCCUCCUACUCCUCCUGCCAGCCCGUCGUAGUUUUAUAAAUGCCACCUGCCCGCGCAAGCGACGCGCGCACACACACAUAGCGUACACGCGCACAUUACCGGAGCUGCAUUUCUCACCGGAUCUUUCUUUCCGCGGGGGUGGGAGGGGUUCGCUGGAAGACUGGAUUUAGGUGGCACCGUGACUAGUUGUUAGCCACCGCCGCAGCGGUCGGUAUGAUGGAUGUGAUGGGGCCGUUUGCGUCGAUGUGUCCCGGCUGAAGUGGAGCCCUCCGACUCGAUUCGCGUCGCCAAUUCGUUCGGGCUCGUAAGCUGCAGCAGCAGCACAGACAGCUAUCAGAGGCGUUGUGCGAGUAUCCUUACCGGGUGCUUUCCCUCGGAUGCACUUGCGGGCAAUCCUCGUUAGAAACACGGCUGACCCACAAAGAAUGUAUGUAGCAGCCGAUGUCAUUUCAGCUCGAUACAGCUCAAUAAAGUAACACCGCAAUGGCUUUAGAUCUUAAAACAUGUAACAAGUGGAUAUUUUGUUGCUGACAAAGUCCGUGGAGGGUAUCAAGGUUGUUUUUGUUUUGGUGAUCUAUUAUGAAAGAAAUUAUAGACGGCGUUCGUGGCUGGCAGCACAGAAUAUUUUAAUUGACUUCGCUCUGGGCAUUACACAUUUAAGCCCAGCCCAUCAAUAGCGCUUGCACACAAAUAUAAUCCUGCUGAAAAGGCAUGGCGAGUUUGCUAUUCUUUUCUGGCACGCGAAUUUAUAGGCCACCGCAGAACUUGUGAAACUGAAACCUUCACGAGGGCAAAUUUGGUCCAAUGCUUGCAAUGCAGUGUCCAACAGGCUCGAUCUCCCAGUGUGGGUUUAAAGCAGUGGUUCUUAACUUGGGGUGCACGCACCUCUUGGAGGUGUGAGAUACCCCUGCUGAGGGUGUGAGAUGUACCAAUUGUUUUUUAGAAGGUAGAUCAUCGAAGGUAAAUAAUCGAAACAUGAAUUAAGCAUGCGCGCGUAAGUACAACUACUUUGUUUCAUUAAUAAAUGUUUUAACGAUUGAGAACCGAAUGGAUACAAGCCUGCAGUAACGGGUAACAAUCACUGAUUUAAAGAAUGGGCAAGCCUCGUAAAUCCCCCCCCCCGCCUCUACCGACCCAGCAAUGUGAUUGGUUACUCAACGGUUGGUCGGCCGACAGCUCGCGGUGUGGUAGGUGUGGCGGGGUAGGUGUGCUGGGGUAGGUGCGCUGGGGUAGGUGUG